GAGAGGGAAAGAGCGAGUGGACUUGGAGGAGGAGGAGGAGGAGCGCGAUCCUCCGCCGUGGGAUCGACAACCGGGUCGGAUUCCCGCGUCGGGUCGCCGUGGAGCUGGUGGUUCGGUGAGAUCGCAGCCGCUGGUGGGUUACUUCCGCCGCCUCUCGCGAUCUCCCUUGCCAGUCCUGAUUCCUUCAUAUCAGCCUAAUGGCCAAUAAGAUGGGUUUUCCAAUGUAGGGUGGUCGCUCAUCUUCCCACAGACCUACUGCUUCCUAGUUUUUGUUCAAGGUCUGCUGGUCCAGUAUUACUUUCUCACUUAAUGAUCGAUCCUGUACUGCACCUUCUCUCUAUAACCGCGUCAGCCUCCGUGUGUGGCGUGUGCUCAAGAGAGAAGAAGAGAAAGAAGAAAAUCAUCUGUUUGGCCGAAGUAUCUGUUGGUGAUAACUGUGGAUCCUACUUAUUCCAUGUCGCCUAACUUGGACAGCCCCAUUAAGACCCAGAUGGCAGUUUCCGUCUUAACCCACACCCUAAACUACGAGUACCAUCGGAGCAACCAAAGUGAAGGAAAACCAAGUGGACGAAGGCGUGUGUUCGUUCAAACUGAAACUGGAUGUGUAUUGGGUAUUGAACUGGAUCGUGCAGAUAAUGCUCAUACCGUGAAGAGAAGGUUACAGAUUGCUCUUAAUGUACCUACCGAUGAGAGCUCGCUCACUUUUGGUGACCUUGUGUUGAAAAAUGAUCUCAGUGCUGUCCGGAAUGAUUCACCAUUGCUUCUUACCAGGAAUUCCAUGCAUAGAAGUUCCUCCACUCCGUGCCUCUCUCCUACUGGAAAGGACAUCCACCAGCAAAGGGAUCGGAGUGGCCCAAUCGAAGUUUUAGUGUGCUCUAGCCGCUGCUCUCGAACAAGACAGCUGGUCAAGGAUGUUGUGAAGGCUAUUAAAAAUGGCGUUGCUCCUUUACCGGUUCACAGUGGGCUUGGUGGUGCCUACUACUUCAGGAACACCAUAGGUGAGAGUGUUGCAAUUGUGAAGCCCACAGAUGAGGAACCAUUUGCACCGAAUAAUCCUAAAGGUUUCACUGGGAAGGCCCUUGGACAACCAGGCUUGAAAAGGUCUGUGCGGGUUGGUGAGACUGGAUUCAGGGAAGUUGCUGCAUACCUCCUGGAUUAUGAUCAUUUUGCCAAUGUGCCCCCCACGGUCCUUGUCAAGAUCACUCAUUCGGUUUUCCAUGUGAAUGAAGGUGUUAACUCUAAUACUAGCGGCAAGGCUGUUGACAGGAAGCGGAGUGCAGUCAGCAAGAUAGCAUCCUUUCAACAGUUUAUUCCUCAUGACUACGAUGCUAGUGACCAUGGGACGUCCAGUUUCCCUGUUGCAACUAUACACAGGAUUGGUAUCCUCGAUAUUAGAAUUUUUAAUACCGAUAGGCAUGCUGGAAACCUCUUGGUGAGGAAACUUGAAGGGGCAACUGGUAGAUUUGGGGCUCAGACAGAACUUAUUCCGAUCGAUCAUGGUCUCUGCUUGCCGGAGAGUUUGGAUGAUCCAUAUUUUGAGUGGAUCCACUGGCCACAGGCAUCAAUCCCUUUCUGUGAGGAAGAGCUUAAGUAUAUUGCAAACCUUGAUCCGGUGAAAGAUUCUGAGAUGCUUCGUAUGGAGCUGCCCAUGAUCCGCGAAGCAUGCCUUAGAGUUUUGAUCCUGUCAACAAUUUUUCUCAAGGAAGCAGCUGCAUUUGGGCUUUGCCUUGCAGAGAUUGGUGAGAUGAUGAGCAGGGAAUUCAGGGGAAUGGAAGAGGCGCCAAGCGAACUGGAAGUUGUGUGCAUUGAGACAAGACGUCUGAUAGCCGAAAAAGUGGUCAUUUCUCCAGUAAUCAGUCCAAAUUAUGAUGACACAAUUCAGUUUGACAUUGACUAUGAGGAAGCUGAUCCAGUGAUGCCGAAAUCUCCAUCUUUCAAUUUUGGAUCCAGAGGAAGAAUCUCCAGAAACCCGCUGUCAAGAUUAGAAGAGAGCUUGGAGGAGCAGGAGGAAGAUGAUGAGAACAUUGAGCACAAUAUGGAGGAUACUACUUACUGCUCGGAUGCUCGUGAGUGGCCUCCACAUGUCUCGAGACUGUCCGCUUCUUUGAAGACCAUGACCCUUGCUGGGAAUAGUCAGAACUACGUGGCUGGUGUUCCAAGAGCUAAUUGUACCACUGGUAGAAAUAGCGGUGGUGCCAGUGGGCUUCAGGGUAGGAACAGUAGGAGUGCGAACGAACAGCUGCCUGCAAGUGUGAGCUUCGUGAAGCUGGCUGACAUGGGAGAAGAGGAGUGGUCAGCAUUUCUCGAGAAGUUCCAGGAGCUGCUGCAAGGUGCAUUCCGUAGCCGGAAGUGUGGUGCCACUGGCCAGAGGCUCAAGCAGAGGUUGGGCAGUUCUUGUCAGUUUUGAGUGUAGAAGAUAGGUACGGAGAGUCGAGUGAGGUUGUUUUUACAGCGGUUGACUAUGAGCCCUUAUCUAGUUGGUGUAAUGAAGGGAGAAGGUGGAUGUAACAAUAAGAUUGUUGUGUAGUAGUAUUAUGUUUGAGAGGAUGUGACGGAGGUGAAACUCGAGUCUGUGCCUCUGUAUAUAUAUGUUUUAUGGUUGAAGAAGGUAGGUAGUGUGAUGGCCUGCCUGUAUGUAUGUUAUUAUGUUCCUAAAGAAAAUACUCGGCAGCAAUAAGAAAACUCAGUUCGGUGGGUAAU